AUGGCCACCGUUCUCGACCAUCUCGCCGCCAAAAGAGGAGUAAAUCAUAAUCCUCAAGGUUUUGCUCGGGUGGUAGAAAUUUGGCAAACAGAGUACAGUCUCUUUCAACUUUACUAUUUGCUUUCACUUUAUCUAUCUCUCGCUCUCUUCAUCAGUGCGCCCAAUGCUGUGUUUUAUUUAGCUUCUAUAAACAUGUCUUCAGUCGAUUGA